UUUGUCAGCUUAAGAAUGUCAUUGCAAUUAAACAUUGAUAACUUAUCUCCCGAAUCGUCUUGAUUCUUUCGACCGAUUUUUUACGCUUUUUCUGGUAAAAUAGGAGUGGUAAGAAAAACACCGUUAGUAUCGAUUUAGGGAAAUUUUACGCGAUGUUAUGGACUUUUUGCGAUCGCUGUCUUCGAGAAAACACUCGAAGGACUCACGUCGACUAAAGAAAAUGGCAGACCCAGAUCCGGAAACUCUUCUAGAAUGGCUGAAUAGUGGAUUGGGAGAUGAGCGGGACAUGCAGCUGAUUGCUCUAGAGCAGCUCUGCAUGCUUCUGCUGAUGUCCGAUAAUGUCGAUCGUUGUUUUGAAAGUUGUCCGCCCCGUACAUUUUUACCAGCUCUCUGUAGAAUAUUCUUAGAUGAACAGGCCCCAGAAAAUGUCCUAGAAGUUACAGCUAGAGCUAUCACAUAUUAUCUAGAUGUUUCUGCUGAGUGCACCCGAAGAAUUGUAGCUAUCGAUGGCGCAAUUAAAGCUAUCUGUAACAGAUUGAUUGUGGUCGAACUGUCAAGUAGAACGAGCAAGGACUUGGCAGAACAGUGCGUCAAAGUUUUAGAGUUGAUUUGUACUAGGGAAGCUGGAUCUGUAUUUGACGCUGGAGGUUUAAGUUGCAUUUUGCCGUUUAUUCGUGACAAUGGCCAAUCUGUGCACAAAGAUACGUUACACUCGGCUAUGGCUGUUGUAUCGAGGCUUUGUACAAAAAUGGAACCUGCUGAUGUACAAUUACCAGGAUGUGUACAGGCUCUGAGCUCACUGCUUCAACACGAAGAUCCCCAUGUAGCUGACGGAGCCUUAAGGUGCUUCGCUUCCGUUGCCGACAGGUUUACAAGGAGGGGCGUCGAUCCUGCACCUCUAGCUCAACAUGGAUUGGUUAAUGAACUACUGAGUAGGCUGUCAAGCGCCGCAGGUCCGGCUACAGCUAGCGGUAACCAAAAUACGCCCGGAAAGUCGGCAGCCGCAGGAAACGCAGCUGCGGCAGUACCAGAUUCGAAGUCUACAGCCUCUGUCUCGACGAUCAUCAGUCUGUUGUCUACGCUUUGCAGGGGAUCCCCCACUAUCACUCAUGAUCUUUUGCGCUCGGAAUUACUAGACGCUAUAGAGAAAUCACUGAAAGGCGACGAAAGAUGCGCACUGGACUCGAUGCGCUUGGUCGAUCUGCUCCUAGUGCUCUUAUUCGAGGGGCGCAGGGCCUUGGGCAAGACCGGAGCUUGCACCUCAGGCCAGCUGAUGCCCCGCAUCAGGCGCAUGGACUCGGCAGCGGAGAAGUCGCAUCGCCAACUCAUCGACUGCAUCAGGUCUAAGGAUACGGAUGCUUUGAUUGAAGCCAUCGAAAAUGGAGGAGUCGAGGUGAACUUCAUGGAUGACGUAGGUCAGACCCUUCUCAACUGGGCCUCGGCUUUCGGCACUCAAGAAAUGGUAGAGUAUCUGUGCGAUAAGGGAGCUGAUGUAAAUAAAGGACAGCGAUCGUCAUCUUUACACUAUGCAGCUUGUUUUGGUCGACCAACCAUUGCCAAGGUACUGCUUAGGCAUGGUGCCAAUCCUGAUCUACGGGACGAAGAUGGAAAAACACCGCUGGACAAGGCUAGAGAAAGAGCAGAUGAGGGACACAGGGAGGUAGCAGCUAUCUUGCAAUCGCCUGGAGAGUACAUGGUUUCAUUGGAGAAAGACAGAGUAGGAAGAAAAUCGGAAUCAGAGACGGAAGAAAGCAUCGAACCCAAAGGAGAUCCAGAAAUGGCUCCGGUGUACCUACAGAGACUUCUGCCAGUCUUCUGCUCCACGUUCCAAUCCACAAUGUUGGCCAGCGUGAGGAAAGCUAGCUUGGGUUUGAUCAAGAAGAUGAUCCACUAUAUUCAGCCUAAUUUACUAGAAGAAUUAUGUGCAAUGGAGAUCACACCGAAUUUUGGAACGCAGCUGGUUGAAGUCAUCGCCACCGUGCUUGAUAAUGAGAUUAGCUAUUGCUGGCCUAGCGGUUCUACUCGCAGUACCACCACUAUGCCUUCCACUGCGGUACUGACUACUUCGGCACCUCUCACCCUAUUCGUGCGUACCAUGAAGGCCUACCUACACGACCGACGCGUUGUCAUACCUUACGGCACUUUGGAGGACGAAGAGGGUCAUUCAGUUGUGCUGGCCAUUAUCCAAGAUCUAAUGGUCAAAGCUCAGAAGGUGUUUUUAGAUCAUUUCGCUCGAUUGGGUAUAUUUACGAAAGUGCAAGCGUUGGCAACUCCGCCCGAACCCCAGGAGAACGACGAGGGAGAAACUUCAAGAGAAGACACCGUAGAACAACAACAGCUGGAAGACGCCAAGGAAAUUUUGCCCGGCAAAGCGUACCAUUGGCGCGAUUGGGCCAUUUGUAGAGGAAGAGACUGCUUGUAUCUGUGGAGCGACGCGGCAGCGUUGGAACUGUCGAACGGAUCCAACGGCUGGUUCCGGUUCAUCUUGGAUGGAAAACUGGCAACGAUGUACUCCAGCGGAUCACCUGAGGGCGGGGCCGAUACUUCAGGCAAAGGAAGGACAGCAGACUCGCUCACUACCGAAGAAAACCGUGGAGAAUUUCUGGAAAAACUCCUCCGAGCCAGGGCAGCGGUACGGAUCACCCACAAUUCCAUCCCGAUUUUGUCCAGACCCGGCCACACCCGUUUAAUAGUGGGCAACUGGUCUCUCAUUUCGAAAAAGGACGCAGAAAUCCACAUCCACAACUCCGAUGGACAACAGCAGACAACCAUUUUGAGGGACGAUUUGCCCGGGUUCAUUUUUGAAUCGAAUAGAGGCACUAAGCACUCUUUUAUAGCUGAAACCAGUUUAGGAACUGAAUUUUCUGCCGGUUGGACCAUCAAACGUGGCAAGAAAAUUCGCUCGAAAACUGAAGCGACCAAAAUGAAAGUGAAAUACCUCGCUCACCAGAUCUACGAGCAAUACUUUAGGGCCGCUCAAGCCCAACCCAGAGGCGUCGUUGCCAAACUGGGCAACAUUGUGGCCCAGAUCGAACGGGCCUGCCAGAAGCAGUGCUCUUACGGGAACAACAGGGAGGGCGGUAAUUCUUGGAGGGAGAUCUUGAUCAAGGCUUUGGACGAUUUAACUCAAAUCCUCAAGGAAGACGGUGUUGUCAGUGCUUAUGAACUACACAGUUCUGGAUUGGUCCAGGCUCUGUUAAACUUAUUAUCAACUAGCUACUGGGAUCAAGGUCUGAAGUCCAGCAAGGUUAGCAAAUACCAAAAACAACGCAUCCUAGUUUUCAAGGAUUGUUUCAAAAACCAAUCGGAGGAAAGCAAUUCCAUGACUAUUCUCGUUCAAAAACUAAUCGCAGUUCUCGAAAGCAUCGAAAAACUACCUGUUUACCUAUACGACACUCCUGGUUCAGGUUAUGGCCUGCAAGUACUCACCAGACGACUGAGAUUCAGACUAGAAAAAGCCCAGGGCGACAGUACGCUGAUUGACAGAACGGGAAGGGGUCUCAAAAUGGAACCUCUCGCUACAGUAGCGCAACUAGAACGAUACCUUUUGAAAAUGGUGGCUAAACAGUGGUACGACUUUGACCGUAUGACAUAUCAAUUUCUGAAAAAGCUCAAGGAACCAAAAUAUCAGAACUUUAAGCACCAUCAUGACUUUGAUGAAAAUGGCAUAAUCUAUUUUAUCGGGACCAACGGUAAAACAAGUGGCGAAUGGGUGAAUCCCGCUCAAUAUGGUCUAGUAAAUGUCAGCAGUUCAGACGGCAGGAAUUUACCUUAUGGCAGACUGGAAGACAUCUUAUCGCGUGACAGUUCAGCUCUAAACUGUCACACGAACGACGACAAGAGGUCUUGGUUCAGCGUGGACCUUGGCUUGUUUAUAAUUCCAAGCGCCUAUACGCUGAGGCAUGCAAGAGGUUAUGGAAGAUCGGCUCUGAGGAAUUGGUACUUCCAGAUGUCUAAAGAUGGAGCUUUGUGGACGACUUUGAGCACUCACACUCAUGAUACUUCACUGAAUGAUCCGGGAUCAACAGCAACGUGGCCUUUGGAAGUUCCAUCAGAUGAACAACAAGGUUGGAGGCACGUAAGAAUUCAGCAAGCUGGAAAAAACGCAUCGGGCCAAACUCAUUAUCUUAGCUUAUCCGGAUUCGAGAUCUAUGGUCAAGUAACUGGAAUAUGUGAAGAUAUGGGCAAGGCUCAUAAAGAACAAGAAGCUCAGUUGAGGAAGCAAAGAAGGCUGGUUAAGACUCAGCUACUUAAGUAUAUGACUGUAGGAGCUAGGGUUGUGAGAGGUGUUGACUGGAAAUGGCGGGACCAAGAUGGCAACCCACCAGGAGAAGGUACCGUCACUGGCGAGCUUCAUUCCGGCUGGAUUGACGUCACGUGGGAUCAUGGAGGUUCCAACUCAUACCGCAUGGGCGCUGAAGGCAAGUACGACCUUAAACUCGCUCCAGGCUAUGACGUAGAGUCGGCGUCCUCCUCCAAACCAGUCUCUACCAACAAACACAAGAACAAAGACGACAAACAGAGCGUUCUAACAAGCAGAAAAAGCAGUUCAACGCCUAGCUUACCCGAAGCCACCGACACUAUAAAGACAUCUGUAGCUUCCACUGAACAGGCAGCUUCAGCUGACAAUCUAGCUGCUAAACAAGCUGCAGAAACUAUAGCUGAGAGUGUGUUAUCUGUGGCUAGAAACGAAGCUUUAGUUGCAGUGACUUCGGAGUCCCAAGCAGCCAGUACUGACAGCGAACUGUCGGUAGUAGUUCAUCCUUUAAGAGACCCACACCAUGACCUAUCUGCGAUCAACAAUAGCAGUGAUUUAGCUACGAUUGUAGAAAGCUUAACCUUAUCAGACUCAACAAAACCUUCAACCGCUAAAAGACAAACGAGUGAGGAGCCUAUUGAUACUCAGAAAGCAUCCAAUGGUAAAUCCAACCGCUCCUCGAGGUUGAGUAAUGUCUCUGCUGCAGCUGCCGCUCAGAGUUUUGUUGAUGCUGUUGAAGCUUUGGAUAAAAUUAGAGAAGGAUCAGAUAUGUUGAGGAACAACACAAAUAAUUUCCUGUCGGCUGAACUGUUACAGUCUGCGUUAAACUUGACACAGUCCAAUCAACAAACCAUCAACAAUCUGUCAAGUUUAGCUGGGAAUACGGUGAGGAUAUCGGUAUCUUCGAACUCAGAAAUAGACGAUGAGAAGGCUGUGAGAAGGAAAGAUGACGUUGGAGAAAGCAGUACAAGUAAAGAGUUGUUUUCGAGUAGCGACAACGAGGAAGCUAUUAAUAACACUAACAACGCUAAAAAUAGCGGAACUAUAGUCGUAACCAACCCUAUGAGUGUUAGUGUACCAAAUUUGACCAGUACUGAGGCCAAUAGCCAGAUGGAAACUACCACUACCGCAGUAUUGAACUUCGCAGGAUUGUUAGAGACCUUUGCAGCGCUGGCUCGCAGGAGGCAAUCGGGUUCGUCCAGCUCAGCUACCAACUCAGCUCUCAGCUCCGUAGCUAACAACGCCCAAGUGGCCAGCACUAACUCCCAGAAUAAUCAAAAUAACAGCUCGUUGUUCCCCAGAGCACCUAAUUCAGUCUCGAGUUUGGUUAGAUUGGCUUUGUCUAGCAACUUCCCUAGCGGACUGCUGAGUACUGCUCAGAGCUAUCCUAGCUUAUCUUCAAGCAACAAUGCUGGUAACGCUCAAGUAGGAAUCUCUGCAGCGGCAGGUGCAGUGCAAGGCUUAAGCCAAGCAUUAACCAUGAGCUUAACGUCGACGAGUAGCGACAGCGAGCAAGUGUCACUAGAAGAUUUUCUCGAGUCUUGCAAAGCGCCCACUUUACUAGCUGAAUUAGAUGAUGAUGACGAAAUGGGUGAAAAUGAAGAUGAUAACGAUGACGACGAAAACGAAGAUGAUGCUGAUUAUGAGGAGGUUAUGGUAUCGCGAAAUCUGUUGAGCUUCAUGGAGGAAGAAGGCUUCGACCCGUUACAGAACACGAAGCGUCGUUCCUGGGACGACGAGUACGUUCUCAAACGUCAGUUCAGCGCUCUCAUUCCGGCUUUCGACCCCAGACCCGGUCGUACGAACAUAAACCAAACCAGCGACCUAGAAAUACCUCCGCCGGGCUACGAAGGGACUCCCGCCGCCUCUGAGCAUGAGCUCUUGCCGCAGCCCAAGUUGCAACUGGUGCUGAAGGGUCCCAGUAUGCCCGGCAUCAACGAUGUCGAGAUUGAGCUGAACAAUCCGUCUUGGACGAUAUUCAGGGCUGUGCAGGAACUGAUGCAGUUGGCAGAGUUCUCGUCCAAACAGGAGAAAUUGAAGAGGCUGUGGGAACCGACUUACAUGAUCGUCUAUAGAGAAAUCAAGGACGAUAGCCAAAAUGAAACGGAAGAAGGCAGAGCCACGCCGAUCGCUAGUCAGUUUUCGCGCAGUGGUGCCAGCUCCGUCGCUGGUAACUCUCUUUCACCCUCAACUCCCGUUCCUGGAACUCCUUCAGUGUCCAGCUGCACGGUGGAGGACGUCUUGCAGUUGUUAAGGCACUUGUUCGUCAUCACAACGUCGAAGAGUAAACAACUGGAUCUCAACGCGUUAGACUACGCGGAACUUCCGCAUGAACUGUAUUCCAGCAAAAAGAUUACAAAUAAAUUGUUGCAGCAAAUCCAAGAUCCUCUGGUCCUAUCCAGCUCGAGCCUGCCCGCCUGGUGUGAAGAACUGAACCACUCUUGCCCCUUCCUGUUUCCCUUCGAGACGCGCCAGCUGUACUUCAACUGCACGGCGUUCGGUGCGUCGCGCAGCAUCGUCUGGCUCCAGGCGCAGCGGGACGUCACGGUGGAGCGACAGCGCACGCCUGGCCUGUCGCCGCGCAGAGACGAUCCGCACGAAUUUCGCGUGGGUAGGCUCAAGCACGAAAGGGUGAAAGUCCCUAGAAGCGAAUACUUGCUUGAUUGGGCGGUGCAAGUGAUGAAAGUCCAUUCCGGUCGCAAGUCCAUCCUGGAGGUGGAGUUUGCGGGAGAGGAGGGUACGGGGUUGGGACCUACCCUGGAGUUUUAUGCGCUGGUGGCUGCGGAAGUGCAGAGGAGGGAUUUGGGGAUGUGGAUCUGUGAUGACGAGCUGAACAACGAGACCAUUGAUUUGGGAGAGGGGAUGAAACCGCCGGGGUACUAUGUGAGGAGGAGUUCUGGGCUGUUCCCGGCGCCUCUUGCUCAAAUCUCGCCCAUAUGUGAUAAGGUUGUAAGAUAUUUCUGGUUCCUAGGAGUAUUUUUGGCCAAAGUACUCCAAGACAACCGCUUAGUAGAUCUCCCCUUGAGUAAAAGUUUUCUAAAGCUAAUGUGUCACGGAGAAAUCCAAAACACAGUCAACGAAAGAAUCGGAUUGGCUGGAGUAAAGAAAACUACAGAAGAAGACGUAAUGACCUCAAGUUACAUUUCAGAAGAGAGCGAAAAAGAGCUAGAAUUCGAUCCACCGAAGCUAGUAAUAGAGGAGAAGAAACCUUGGUACAGUAGUAUUCUGAACGAAGAAGAUUUGUAUGAAAUUGAUCCCGUAAGAGCGACAUUCUUGAAGCAAAUUCGCGAACUGGUCAAACAGAAGCAGAAGAUCAUGCAAGAUCAUACACUCUCGCCUGAAACUAAGUCACACCAAAUCCAAAACCUCUCCUUGCAACACACUUCUGGACCUGUAUCGCUUGAGGAUUUAGCGUUAUCAUUCACCUACCUGCCCAGUUCGGAAGUCUACGGUUUCCAAAGUGUCAACCUGGUUCCAAAUGGUGCAGACAUCGAAGUGAGCAUUGAGAACAUCGAGGAGUAUGCGGAGCUGACCACGAACUUCUGUUUGGAGCGGGGUAUCUCCCGGCAAUUGGAGGCGUUCCAUAGGGGUUUUAGUGAGGUGUUUCCGAUGGAGAAGUUAGCGGCGUUCAGUCCGGACGAGGUGGCUGUGAUGUUGUGUGGAAACCAAAAUCCCGAAUGGACUAAGGAGGAUCUGUUAAAUUAUACGGAUCCGAAGUUGGGGUACACCAAAGAGAGUCCGGGAUUCCAGAGGUUUGUCAACGUUUUAGUUGACAUGACCCCCGAAGAACGCAAAGCCUUCCUCCAGUUCACCACUGGCUGUAGCUCCCUCCCACCCGGCGGUCUAGCCAAUCUCUACCCUCGCUUGACCGUCGUACGAAAAGUGGACGCUGGGGAAGGAUCCUACCCUUCGGUCAACACCUGCGUCCACUACCUGAAACUACCUGAAUACCCUACAGAGGAAAUCCUGAAGGAACGCCUCCUGGCGGCAACAAAAGAACGAGGAUUCCACUUGAAUUAGAACAUAAGAACAGAAAAGACAAAAAAAAUAUGUUUAUUUUGCCUAAAUCUCCUAUUUCUCGUCCCCCUUGUAAUAAUAAAAAAUUCUAGAGAAAGAAUAUAAUAUAACAUUUAGAAAAAAAUUGUAUCUUGUUGCGCAGUAAUAAUCUGCGCAAUCUACUUUGUAUUUUGUAAAUAUAUAUAUUGAUUAAUUUUGCAGACGCACUGAUCUAUGUAUUUUUAAUUUAAUUUUUUGAGAUAUUUAUUUCACCUAGUUAAAAUAUGAAGCAAAAAGAGGAUAAUAUUUAAAUAAAUAAAUGUACACAAAAGGAAUUUUAAUCUAAUUUUUAGAUCUGUCGUAUGUAAGGAGCUAACAUUGAACUUUUAGAAAAAUUCUAUUAGUCUGUAUAAUUAAUGACCAAAAAAAAAA